UAACAGGCGGGCCCACCUCGCAUAAAUAUAUGUGUGUAUAUCUCUCUCACCAACAACGUUGGCGUGCGGAAACUCAGCAGAGAAACAAGAACAAAAGUUUGGUUGCACUAGUCAAUCCCCAUGGAGCUGACUGUUGAAGCUGUAGAGAUGGAAAGUCAGGGAAUUAGGAAGAAUUCGACCUUAAUUUGUGCACCAUUGAUGGCUGAUUCUGUUGAAGAGAUAGUGGUUCAGAUGAAUAGGGCUAAGUCAAGUGGUGCUGAUCUUGUCGAGAUUCGAUUAGAUAGUUUGAAGAAUUUUAAUCCUGUGGAGGAUGUUCAGUCCUUGAUCAAGCAAUGCCCUCUGCCCACCCUUUUUACUUAUAGACCUACAUGGGAAGGUGGUCAAUAUGAUGGUGAUGAGAAAAGUCGGCUGGAUGUGCUUCAUUAUGUCAUGGAAUCAGGAGCAGAUUACAUUGAUGUUGAACUAAAGGCUGUUGAGGAAUUCAACAAUUCAAUGCGUGGAAAGAAGCCUGCAAAGUGUAAACUCAUUGUUUCCUCUCACAACUAUCAGUAUACUCCAUCCAUCGAAGAUCUUGGCAACCUUGUCGCUGCUAUACAAGCAAGUGGUGCUGACAUCGUGAAAAUUGCAACUACUGCCUUGGAUAUUACUGAUGUGGCACGUGUUUUUCAGAUAACUGUUCAUUCUCAAGUAAGCGGCGCUCCAAUAAUUGCAAUGGUUAUGGGUGAGAGGGGAUUGAUGUCAAGGAUACUUUGCCCAAAGUUUGGUGGAUAUUUAACUUUUGGUGCCCUUGAUUCCGGAAUAAUAUCUGCACCAGGACAGCCAACAAUUGCAGAUUUACUGAAUCUGUACAAUUUCAGACAAAUUGGGCCUGAUACAAAAAUAUUUGGUAUUAUUGGGAAACCUGUUGGCCACAGCAAAUCACCAAUAUUAUAUAAUGAAGCAUUCAGAGAAAUUGGUUUCAACGGAAUUUAUGUGCAUUUGUUGGUGGAUGACAUAGCCAAUUUUUUCCGGACGUAUUCAUCUACAGAUUUUUCUGGCUUCAGUUGUACAAUUCCUCACAAGGAGUCUGCACUAAAAUGCUGUGACGAGGUUGAUUCAGUUGCAGAGUCGAUAGGAGCUGUAAAUUGCAUCAUCAGGAGAAGCAAUGGGAAGUUAUUCGGCUGCAAUACAGACUAUGUUGGUGCUAUCUCUGCUAUCGAGGAUGGCCUCCGAGGUUCAGACCAUAUAAAUAGUGCGGCUGGGUCACCCUUGUCUGGAAAACUUUUUGUUGUCAUCGGUGCUGGUGGUGCUGGCAAGGCACUUGCCUAUGGGGCUAAAGAAAAGGGAGCCAGGGUCGUGAUUGCAAAUCGCACUUAUGAACGAGCUAAAGAACUUGCUGAUACAAUUGGAGGGCAUGCUUUAUCUAUUUCUGAACUAGAUAAUUUCCGGCCAGAGAGUCAUAUGAUUCUUGCCAACACUACUUCUAUUGGGAUGCAACCAAAAAUUGAUGAAACACCUAUUUCUAAGGAAGCCCUGAAAUCAUAUGAACUAGUAUUCGAUGCUAUCUACACCCCUAAGAUCACCAGAUUAUUACGUGAAGCAGAUGAAUGUGGAGCAAAAAUUGUUACUGGGGUGGAAAUGUUCGUUGGACAGGCAUAUGAGCAGUAUGAGAGGUUUACUGGGCUACCUGCACCUAAGGAACUAUUUAACAAGAUCAUGUCGAAUUACUGAUACAGAAUACAGAGUAUAGUAGUUCUAUUGCCCCAUGUGGAAGCACAAGUUUGGUUCGUUUUGUCCCGUAAAUGCACUCCAAAGUGAGCCCUUCAUCCCAUGAUAAGCAUAGAGAAACCGGUUGUAAACUUCUGUUAUCGAUAAUUCAGCCUCUAGUUUUGAUAAUCAUUCUUUUGACCACAACCAAGUGUAGUUAUACAUCUACUACUUAGUAGUGGAAGCUAUGUAUUGAUCUGAUCAUAGUGUACAAUGUCUUAAAUUGUAUCAUAGGUUUGGGCACAUAAUCCAACCAUCGUAUUGGUGUUUUUGGUUUU